GUCGUUUGCCAGCGGGGCGCAGCGGCUAUGCCGGCGCUGUGAAGAGACGUGCGCUUGCGCGCACUGCGGCCGUCGGGUGCCGCUGUCUGAGUUCCUGGAGAGGGAGCUGCAGAAGCCGGCACAGGCUCGCGCAUGCAGAGAGUGCACCCUUCCAGAGGAAUGCCGCCAGGGCCGCGCUGCAGAGCUUUCAGAGGUGCCGCGCACGGCCUUCUACCGAACCUGGCCCGGGCGGCUGGCGCUCACAAGGCUUUGCGCCUCCCUACCUGCAGAGGUCCUGCCCUUGCUGUUGCGCUUCCUGGGCGCAAGGCCGGACCUGGAGUCGUGCCGCGUGACAGGCGCGCGGCCUGUCACGGAUCCGGAAGGCUUCUUGAAGCAGGAUGAAUCCGUGCUCGACAAGCACUUGCCAUGCAGGCAAGCGGAUGGUGAGGUGAGCGCCAGAAGGUGUUGGACACAGGGGCAGCGGGAGCGAGCGGAAAACGGCAGUGUCGCGUUGCGGCGCUGGACUGCAGGCCGCGCAGGUCCCGGUGCGAUGUCGGCUCCUGGCUCCCCGGUCACCAGGAUCACCAUGCCGCCCAUGGUGGCCUACACCAGCAAGGUCAUCCUGCAGGAGGACCGCAGCCAACAGCGCCUCGCCGCGCCCGGUGUCCAAAGCGAAACGAUCGUGAUCGACGUGAAAAUUGGCCCGAAGGCGCAGGUGAAGCUUGCCGACUUGAAAGAGGAGACGCUGGAGGCCAAGGCUCGUCAUUCAUUGAAGGGGAUCAGUCUCGUGGAGAUUCCAGAGGAGGAGACGCGCUGCGAGUCUGUGGACUUCGCCAUGUUCUCGUCCACCGCUUCUGGCGAGUGGUCGGAGGCCGUGACACGGGCCGCUAGCUCUUGGGCACAGGUCCCGCAUGGAGACCCUGCGACAAAACCGCGGCGUUCCAAGACGGACCGUAUUGUCCAGCGCCACCGCCGGAAGCUGAUGGGUGAGCGCUUGGCUGUGGUCGCAUUCCUGGAUCGGAACGGGUUCCAGAACCUCCAGGUGAAUGGGCGUCGAGGCAUGCUGGGCCGCGGGCCCUUGCACGAGGCGGUGAGGCAGAACUCGCCUCAGAUGGUGGCUUUACUUCUGCGUUUUGGAUCCAGUGCCUUUCUGAAGGACUACCUGGGGCGUACAGCUUAUGACUAUGCCAAGAAGUCAGCGAAGAAGGAGAUUCUGAUGGUAUUCAAUCUGUACGGGAUCUCGCCGCAUUCCCCGCGCUUCUUGAAGGGCAUGAGCCGGCUUCAGCGGGAGCCUCCGCCGAUUGGGUUCGAGACGUUCUUUGCAAAGCUGGAGCAGGACCUGGAGAGACGCGAGCUCUGGGUCUCUACCGAGGUCUAA